CACCUAUAAGUGCGCACCCAGACAAUGGGUCCUUUUUUCUAAGGUUACUUGUCUUAAGGCAAUUCAGCUACCAAUAACUCGUGAAUCUUUUAGGUUAUGUUUGAACUUUCAUAAAUGUGUUUUUGAAAAAUAAAAAUAUACACAUAUCAGUUUUAAAAAUGAAGGCUAAAAUUUCGAAAUCAAAAAGAAACAACCAGAAGAAAAAUAAGCUUAUUAAACAAGGUGUUAUUAAAAAAGUAAAUAAACCUUUGAAAAAGGUUCCAAAUGGUAUAUCUGCUGUUAAAAAACCCAAACCAGUAGAGGAAGAUGAAAGCGAUCAAGGUGAAGACUUGUUGGAUAUGGUCGAAGAUGAAGACAUGAGCUUUUUAAAAAGUGCAAUUACCAGUCGGUCUUACAAUAUUUAUAAUAAAGUUCGAUACAGCGAACCUGAAGCAACAAAAACAAAAAGGAAGAAAGCCACUCAGGAUGACGAUACCAUAGAAAACGAUUUUGAGGAACAAUUGGGUGAAAAUGAUAAUAACGAAAAAAUAAAAGAACUGUUACCAAUCAAGACUAAAAAAGGGAUUGUACGAAACCGCGUGGUUGAACAAUUCCAAGAUGAUGAAAAUGAUAUUGAACAGGAAAAUACUGAAGAAGUUGUAGAUGAAGAGCAAAGUGAUGAAGAAAAUUUCUCUUUAGAAACUUCAGGAUUUGAUAUUGAUGGUCCAAUAUCAUUUAGUCAACUUUUAGCAAAACGCAAUGAGGUACUGAACAAAGCAAAAAUCCAUAUUGGAACCCUCAGCGCUGGUUUAUUAGAAAACCCUGAAGAAAAAGUAACUAAUUUACGAACAUUACUGUCUAUGUUGGAUGAAGAAACAGCAGAAAUGUAUUCAAGCAUAAGAAAGAUAAUUGUUGUAUCUUUGUUAGAAGUUUUUAAAGAUAUAUUACCAUCUUAUGAAAUAAAAAGUGUACAAAGUGAUGGAGUCAAACUGAAAAAGGAUACACUAAAAUUGAAAAAAUAUGAGGAGAGCUUACUUUUAUACUAUAAAAAAUACCUUCAAAAAUUGGAAAAAUAUGCAUUCGUUCUUUUUAAGAAAAGGGGCGAUUCUAGAAUAAGAUCAAAAGAAGAAAUUAUAUUGGGCACUCUAGCAAUCCACUCUAUGUGUGAUCUAUUAAUGACUCAUCCUUAUUUUAAUUUUUCACAAAACGUUGCACAAGCUAUUGUACCAUUUCUGAACAAUCGGGAUAAAAAAGUGAGGGAAAUCGUAAAAUCUUCAAUAACCACAAUUUUCAAAGAAGACAAGAAGGAAGAAAUUACAGUAAAGAUUCUUAGGGUAAUAAAUCAUUAUUUAAAAACCCAUCUCAACGUUCAUGUAGAAAUGCUAGAAGUUCUUUUGGUAUUAAAUUUGAAAGAGGUCAACUUGGACCAGGAAAAGGAACAUGAUAUGAAGCAAAAGAAAUUGAUGUCCCACAAAUCCAGGAUACUGCAGCUAUCUAAGAAAGAGAAAAAGAGGAAAAAGAAGCUAAAGGAAGUAGAAAACGAGUUGUUAGAAACGAAAGCGGAAGAAAGCAAACAAAAUAGGCAGAAAAACUUGUUGGAAAUUACCAAAAUAAUUUUCAAUAUUUAUUUUAGAAUCCUUAAGAAUUCCAAUAACACUAAAUUACUGGGCGUUUGUUUGGAAGGAUUAGCCAAGUUUGCACAUUGCAUAAAUAUUGAAUUCUACAUAGAUAUUGUCAAUGUAUUGGACAAUCUUUUGAAAGAAGAUUGGCUAGGUUACAGGGAAAGGUUGUUUUGCAUCCAAACCGUAUUCUCGAUACUUAGUGGCCAAGGGGAUGCUCUCAAUAUGGAUCCGCUUAGGUUUUACAACAGCCUUUUCAAGGAACUGCUUGCCAUUAAUGCUUCCUCGAAAAAAUCCGGCGACGUAUCGGUGCUGAUAAAAACGUUGUGCGAGGCUCUGAUCAAGAGACGAAAAAAAAUCACGCAAAAUAGGACGCUCGGAUUCAUCAAGAGAAUGGCACAGUUGAGUUUGCAGUUGACUCACGAAGGAACGUUAGGCUGUUUGGGAAUUAUCAAAACUAUUAUGCAGUUGACCAGGUCUACGGAUAUUUUACUAGACUUAGAUCCCUCUUCCGGCGAGGGCAAAUAUCAACCCGAAAUUGAUGAUCCGGAAUACACAAAUGCGGCCAGUACUGCUCUUACGCCUGAGCAAUUGUGCACGCAAUUCGACAUGUCAGAAAUGGCUUUCAAUCCUCCUGUACCCCUUUCGAAAUCCGGACCAAAGGGUAAAUCAAAGUUCGUUUUUGCCGACAGCUCGUUCGAAGACGAAUGCAGAGACGUUUUGCGAAGGCCCACGAAGAGAAAAAGUUUUUGGAUAGAUAGCAUUUGAAUAUAUUGUAUUUCUUUUUAUCUUUUUUAGCAAUUAAAAAAAUAUUUUAAAUUCAAUA